AGGGAAGAACAUUGGUAGCAAAUUCGUAUAAAUAGGGUACGAACCAUUCCAAAUUCAUCACACUUCCCUUCUCGUUCUUUGCAUCAGCAGUCCUUUUCCUCGAAUCAACAUGAAGUUCUCGGCAUCAGCAGCUUUGAUCUUGCUAGUUUGCGUGGUCUACGUUUCCGGUUACGGGACCCAUCGACCAACGACUCAUCGUCCAACUUAUUACCCAACACGUCCAACUUACCGUCCAACUUACCGCCCAACUCACCGCCCAACUCACCGCCCAACCCACCGUCCUACCCAUCGUCCAACCUAUCGCCCGAUGAAGAAUCUCGGCAACUCCAAUGUCAACAUCAACGACAACAAAAACAGCAAUGUUAACAUCGCUUCGCUUUUAUCCGAACUGUUCGGCGAACAGGAGGAGGAAUUUCCUUGCACUAUCGGCGACCUCUGCUACGAGAAAAAGACUUUGAUCAAGUCCGGCGCUGCUGCCGUCGACGCUAAAAAGGCCGUGGAACCAACUGAAAAGGCCGUGGAAAGUAGCGUUGCUCCUGCCGCUCCUGCCGCCGCUCCUGUUGUCAUUCCUGCCGCUCCUGCUGUCGAUGUCAACUUUGAUCAGUUCGCCAACUUCGAGUUCCAAGAUACUGACGCUACAUUUGCCGAUUUUUCUGAAUUUGAUGAUGACAUUUUUGCUUAACUUUCUUUUGGAAAUGGCGACUACUGACCCAGCUAUAUCAGACAUCUUUUAGGCGUUUGACAAUUGAAAACUUAAUUUCUACAUUUUGGUAAUUUCGGCAAUUAACUAAUCCAUAAGCUUCCCUUAUACAACUGAUUUUUCAUGUCAAUCCUAUAAUAUUGUAUGGGAAGGAUUUGUUAAUACAGUUACUUUAUCCAAGAAAAAGAAUACACACAAAUUAUGAAACUA